AUUAAACUCGCCUUCUUCUAUGAGAGCUGCUAAUAUUUGACAGACCUGACAAAAUGAAUUCUUCAGGCAUUAGAAAACAGAUGAAGAGAAUAAUGUCACAAUGUUUGCAUCUGAUGAGAUUACAGUCUACCAAACCUUUACAGAGACCAAGAAUAGAUCCAUACAUAAAAAGUGGACUAUUUAAUGAGGGAGGAAUUAUAUUAUUGACUGUCCCUGUAGCAGCUUUCUGUCUUGGAGUAUGGCAAAUUCAGAGACGUCUAGAAAAGUUGGAGCUCAUAAAAAGUUUAGAAGAAAAAACAGGAAAUAAUCCAGUUCCUCUUCCCAGCAAAUUAGAUGACAUUUAUGAUUUAGAAUACCAGUGUGUAAAAGUUCGAGGUGUAUUUGACCACUCUAAAUCUAUAGAACUUGGACCUAGAACAAAUAUAAAAGAUGCAAUGUACUCUUCUGGUCAUGGUGGUAGUUUAUUAUCCUCUGGUAGACAGACUGGUUUCUGGCUCAUCACACCACUUAAAUUGUCAGACAGAAAUGCCACAAUUUUAGUCAACAGAGGAUGGAUACCUAAAAAUAAAGAUGAAAGAAAAUUAUACAAAAGACCAGAAACUCAGCCAGAAGGGGAGGUUGAAAUAGUUGGAGUUGUGAGGACAGAUGAAAAGAAAAAUAGUUUUACCCCAAAAAAUAAUGCAGCACACAAUCUGUGGUAUUACAGAGACAUAGAAGAGAUUGCCAAAAAUCUUGGAACAGUCCCUGUUUAUAUUGAUGCAAACUUAGCAAGCACAGUAAGAGGUGGACCUAUUGGAGGUCAAACGGUAGUCAAGCUGCAUAAUGAUCAUGUAUCAUAUAUUAUAACAUGGUUUUCCCUUUGUGCAAUAACUGGAUUUCUGUGGUAUAGGAAAUUCGUCAGACCAGCUCCAUCAAAAUUGUUACAUGAGAUAUAUAGGAGAGAGAAAGGACUGUGACGUUUAUUAUUUAUUUAUUGUUAUAUAUUUGAAUUAAACAUGGUUUUAUA